AUGUACCUGAUCACUGUGUUUGGGAAUCUACUCAUCAUCCUGGCCAUCACCUCAAACUCCCACCUCCAUAUACCCAUGUACUUCUUCCUCACCAACCUGUCCUUUGUAGACAUCUCUUUCACCUCCACCACCAUCCUGAAGAAGCUGUGGAACUUCCAGACUCAUAGCAAGAUCAUUAACUAUGCAGACGACCUCAUCCAGAUGUAUUUUUUCCUACUCUGUGCAGAGUUGGAUGACAUUAUCCUAUCAUCAAUGAGCUAUGACUGCUUCAUGGCCAUCUGUCACCCCUUGCAAUACACAGUUAUCAUGAACCCCCAGCUUUGUGGACUGCUGGCUCUAGUGUCCUGGUUCAUAAGUGUUCUCAAUUCCUUGUUACAUAGCUUAAUGCUGUUGCUGCUGUCCUUCUAUACAGGGAUGGAAAUGCCGUUUUUUUGCGAACUCAAUCAGGUAGUUGGGCAUGCAACUUUGCUGCUGGGUGGUGCUACCCUGGCUGGGGUCCUUUACUCUUACUCUAAGAUAGUUUCCUCCAUAUGUGGGAUCUCAUCAGCUCAGGGGAAGUCUUGGAAAGACAUGCAUGUUUGCACAGAACUUGAGACUAUGGAUCACAUCGUGGACAGGAGGCCAAGCUUGCUGAUUCCAUUUGGAGACAUGUAUUUCAUUAUCAUUUCUAUUGCGAGUGACUAUGGGAGGCAUGGUGGACACAAACUGUGUGAUAGAACAGGUCUCCUAAUAUGUAGAAAGAUCACCACGAUCAGCUGUAACAAACAGUACGUCAAAGUCUGCAUUCUCAGGAAAAGCAAUGAAGGUAGUGAUGCACGAAGGAAUGAUGUUACAAAGGGAAACACAGUCUCAGAUUUUUCUCUGUUAUAA